AUGAGUUAUCGGCCUAAAAGUUGGGUAUGGCAAUACAGCAAACGCCAAGGUGAUAAAGGUUUUUGUGACAUAUGUGAAGAUAAUUCAAACAAAGUGUUUAGUUGUGCUGGUGGAUCAACGGGAUCAUUUGGAAGACAUUUAAAACUGAUACACAAUAUAAGUCAAAGCUCUCUAAAUCGAAGUGAUGAUAAAUGUCAUGAAGAUGAAGAAUGUAAUACAGUUGUUAAUUUAACACAAUGUUCAUUGUCAUCCUCAAAUAAUUUAAAUACUGAAUGUUCAUCCUCAUCAUCGGAAUUUCGUGAACCACAAUUCCGAAAAUGA